AUGUCUUCUUCAGACUCUGCUGAUCACAUGAUGCGUUUUACUCUACGUAUUGCGUUUUAUGCUUUUAUCCAUAUUAGUUCAUAUACAAACUUUAAAGAUAACAUUUCCAAGUGGGAGGAACGUGUAUGCUUAAACAGUGGAAGAAAGUAUUUCAAACCGAAAGUCAGUGCAUCCAUUACACCUGCUGUUGGAAUGUUUUUUAAGUCAUUUGAUGAGACUUUUGCGUUUUAUCAGAGAUAUGCACUUGCUGCAGGUUUUUCUACAAGAAAAAAUACCUCUUCGAAAAAUGGUGGUGGUUUAGUGAAAAUAAGAUAUAUUGUCUGCUCAAAAGAAGGAUUUCAUGUUAGCAAAGAAAUAGAUUCUGGUUCAGUUGAUGAGAAUGGUAAAAAAAUUGUUAGACGUAAUAGAGGUUCAAAAAGAGUUGGAUGCAAUGCUCAGGUGAAAUUAAUAUUAGAGAACAAUAAUAUGUUUAAAAUCUACUACUUUGAAGAAGAACAUAAUCAUAUCUUUGUUGAAGAUGAAGAUAUUCAUUUCUUGCCGGCUGCCAGAAGUAUCGAUUAUGUGAAAGAAAGUUUUAUAUCUGGAUUGUCUGCAAUCAAUAUUGGACCUGUUAAAGCAUUCAAUAUUAUGAAAACAAUGUAUGGUGGUUUUGGUGAAGUUGGUGCUAGUAAAGUUGAUUGUAAGAAUUAUAGAAGGGAUUUGAAUCUUUACAUAGGAGAGUAUGAUGCAGAAAUGGUAGUUAGGCGUCUUAUUAGGAAGAAAGAAUGUUGUCCUGGUUUCACAUGUGAUUAUGUUAUUGGUGAAGAUAGAAGAUUGAAAGGGCUUUUCAGGGCUGAUGAGCAGUCAAAAACAAAUUAUACAGUGUUUGGGGACAUAUUUGGUUUUGAUGCUACUUAUAAAUCAAACAAGUAUGAUUUGGUUUUUGUACCAUUUACUGGUAUUGAUAAUCAUUUUAGGAAUGUCACAUUUGGUGGUGCAUUACUUGGUUCGGAGACUACAUAUUCUUAUAGAUGGCUUUUAAGGUGCUUUGUUAAUGCUUUUGGAAGUGAGCCUAAAGUUGUUGUUACUGAUCAAGAUGUUGCAAUGAAGAGAGCUAUUAAGGAUGUUGGUCCUGUUUUGUCAGCAAACAUUGAUUUUAAUACAAGAAUGACUCAUGUUGUUUGGAAUGAUACUAUUAUUCCAGAAGAUUUUGAAACUGAGUGGCAUUCAAUAAUGUCUACUUUUGGAUUGGAAAAUCAUGAGUGGUUAAAAGAUAUGUACGAUCUUCGAUUUGAUUUGAUUCCCGCUUAUUACCAUGGAGAGGAUUUGGCUGGUCUUAUGCGUACUACGUCUAGAUGUGAAAGCGAGAAUUACUUCUUUGGUCAGAUUUGCAAUCCAAGAUGUACACUUGUUGAAUUUUUCACUCAUUUUGAGACUGCAAUGGAUAUUCAAAGCAUGAGCAUAGGAGGAAUGAUCAUGAUACAAGUGCAAUACAGCAAACAAGAAGAUGGUUUAAGUAUAAGUUGUUCUUGCAAACGGUUUGAACAAUUUGGUAUAUUGUGUCGCCAUAUAUUUUAUGUUCUACGGUAUGAUGAUAUAACUGGGUUUCCUAGAAGAUAUGUUCAUAGAAGAUGGAUGAGAGAUGUUGUUUCAAUUGGAUCAAAUCAUUGCAAUAUUCGGUUUAAUGAAAUUGGUAGGAAUAGUGAAAUUGAUAAAGUUUAUAGAGAAAUCGUUGUUGCAAAUGAGUAUGUGGUUAAUAGGCUGGUCGGGGAUUUAGAUGAGCUGUGUCGUUACAGGGAUCAUAUUAAAAGUUAUAUUGAUAAAGCGGAUGAGAUUAUGGUUGCUGCUUCGCCUCCUAGUCGCAAAGAAAGAUUUGCUGAUAUUGGAGGGAACUUAGAAAAAUCAGAUUCUAUGAUUCGUGUCCUGAUCAAAAUAAGGACCAAAGGAUGCGGUGUACAAAAAAGGAUCAAGUCUAAUCGUGAGAUUGCAAUUCAGAAAUCAUCAAAGAUCCAGAAAUCGUGCCGUGUAUGUGGCGGAAAAUGA